AUGUGCCACUUUCAGGUCUCCUCACACUGCUGGUGUGUUGAAUUUUUUGACAUAGGGUGCUGGCAGAUUACGGGCCUCCCAUAGCUGCUGCCAGGCCCCUAAUCUGCCAUGGGCCCCUAUACCCGCCUCCUCAUGCUGCUCCAGGUCCAGAGUCUCUCAUGGGUCCCUGUACGGCCUCCCAUUGCUGCUGUCUCCAUCGCCACACUCUGCCAUGUGCCACUUUCAGGUCUCCUCACACUCCUGCUGGUUUCCAUUUUGUCAUAGGUUGCUGUAUGGUCUCCCAUUGCUGCUGCCUCCACCGCCACACUGUGGCUCCAAACACUGGUUUUUUUGGCCCCGUGACUGGCCAAAUGAGUGAAGUGUGCGGUGAUUCUAAGAUCGACGGAUCAUCUGCAUGUCAUACUGACUGACAGUAUUAUUUCUCUUCCCCAGCAGACUCCAAUGGCAUUUAAAUUAAAGGUACAGUGUUCUGCACUAAUAUUA